AUGGGUUUAACUGAUUUAUGGAAGUUGGUUUCUCCAAGCACAGGGGGACAGACCUGGACAGCAUUUGCCCUUGAAUGGCUCCAGGGGCAUGUGCAGGAUGAAAGUGGCCUUUUGAUGAUGACAGUUGGUGUUGACGCCAGUGCUUGGCUCUAUGCCAUCUGCAAACUGCAGGCAUUUCAACUUGGACAUGCCCAGUCAGGUGAAAACCCGGAACUAUGGACACUCAUGUACAAACUUGUCACCCUAACCAAUGCACCUCUUCAUGCCCACUUUGUCUUCAAUGGGGAGGACUGCCCUUCAAUCAAGCACAGCAAGCACAUGCAGUCAGCACCUCACUGGCUGACAUGA